GGCAGCUGGGGCGGCCGUUGCUUCUCUCCUCCUUGUCUCUGGCCACCAAGCCUCACCAUGAGCACUGCUCAGGAUGAGGACCAGGAGAAUGAGGACACGGAACCCCAGGUCACCAGGACACCACUGCUGAAACAGAGGAACAAGAAGGAGCCAAAAUGGAGCCAACUUCAGGGGCCACCGCCUCCUUACAACCCUCCUGCAGGAGGCUCCCGCCCUCAGCAGCCCACAGGAAUAUACACCAACCUGCCCAGGAUCUCGACCUCCUUGCCAAUGCGCACCACAUGUCCGUACUGUGGCAACCAAAUCGUCACGGAGAUUACCCCUGUCAAUGGAGUCCUCAACUGGCUAAUGUGCUUAGGCCUCUGUUUGUGUGGGUGCUGCCUGGGCUGCUGCCUCGUGCCCUUCUGGAUUCGAAGCCUGAAGGACGUGAACCACUCGUGCCCCGUGUGCAAGCACCAUCUCUACCACUACAGACGCGUGUGA